UCCAGUAUAUACCUCACCUUACUUCCCAUGGCCGGGAUCAUCCUCUUCUGCUUCCUGCAGGUCUACAGCUACCGACUACGCAGAGUUAUUGCCGCUUUCUGCUUUCCCAAGCGUGAGAAGAAGCGAGUACUGUUCCUCUAUAAUGAGUGGCUGCGGAAGCGGAUCACGUACGCUGAGACCCAACGGAAGAAAAUCAUUAUGCAGGCCCGCAUGAAGCAACUACGGCAACUGAGAGGGUUUGCUGGGACCCUGCACCGCCUGUUCCCCUUUCUGCAGAGGUUCAUCCGCAAGUGGUGCCUGGUAUGCAAAGAGGGCCCCACGAACACCUCCUACCACUGCCCCAACCCCGGCUGUGGGGCCAUGUACUGCCAGAUCUGCUGGAAGGACGUCAGGCGCUUCUGUUUUAACUGCCUGCCCUUCGAGGAUUUUGUCUCUGAAGGCAGUGACGUUGAGAAUAACCCUACCUACGCCAGCUGAACCAGAGAUAAUGGAGAAUCUGCCCCAUCCUGCUGCCUUUACCCACAAGGAUCAAGACGGUGGGGAGCACUUAACUCAUCAGAUCUCUCACAGAACUCGUCUGCAGGAUAUCUUUCUUCCCAGCUUUCCCUGUUCUAUUCUAGGGAAAAGAUUUCCACAAGUUGCUUCCAAAUCUCCUUUCCUGCCCCUUCUCUCACCAUCCUGCUUCUGGCCCAGACAUUGCCUCCCUAGACCUCUCUGCUUUUGGACAUCCCUCUCUGAAGUGGCGGCUCACCCCUUCGAGUAUCGAUGCACUCGGUCAAAAUCCACCCGAUAUUGCUUGUGUGAUUCACCAUGGACAUGCGGCAGAUUUCCUGCAUCUGCUCUGUCCUGUUGACUCACACAUUACUUCCUUCAGCUACUUAACAGAGCUGAUAGGUUUUUCGG